GAAGACAUGGCGUCACGACUCUUCAUAAACAAUUGGAGGUGAAGAAAUGAAGAUUUUGAACUGUUACACGAACUCAAACAUGUUUUAUGGUAUUUUUUUGUCAGUCUGAUAAAGUAUUGAGAUGGAAAUCAUGGCCGUGAAUCUGUCGGCAACCUCCCCAUCCACCUCCACGCUGCCUCCAUCGCCCUGUGUGGAGGACACUGGGUUCCCGUUCUCCUCUCUUGACAGUGAAGACUAUGUGUUUGUGGAGGCUCGACAUCCCAACAAAGUCCUGGAAGGCUUGAACAGCUUACGGCUCAAUAACGCCUUCUGUGACGUGACUCUGUGCUGUGGAGGGCAGGAGUUUCCCUGUCACCGCAUCGUGUUGGCCUCCUUCAGCUCUUACUUUCAGGCCAUGUUCUCCACCGACCUGAUGGAGUCACGGCAGGAGCGGGUGGCCAUCAACGGGGUGGAGCCUCAGAUGAUUGGCAUGUUGGUGAGCUACGCUUACACAGCAGAGGUGGUGAUCUCCAAAGCUAAUGUGCAGGCACUGCUGGCGGCCGCUAACCUGCUGGAUGUGAUGGCGGUGCGUGAGGCCUGUUGCAGGUUCAUGGAGCGGCAAAUGGAUGAGAUGAACUGUGUGGGUAUCCACUGCUUCGCCGAGGCACACUCAUGCCGUGAGCUGGAGCGCUGCAGCAUGGAAUACAUCCAACAGCACUUCAGCAGCGUCUGCCAACAGGAGGAGUUUCUGUCUCUUUGUGCUGAUAAACUGACGGAGAUCAUAUCCAGUGACCAUUUGAACGUGCCAAAGGAGGAGACUGUGUUUGAAGCAUCCAUACUCUGGCUGGAGAAGAACUCCUCACGCAGACAAAGCUUUGAAAAGGUUCUAGAGCACAUCAGGCUGCCUCUCAUCAGUCCAUACUACAUCCAUGAUGUCAUCGAGACUCUGGAUGUGGUGAAGGAAUCGCUCAAGUGCCAGAAGCUCAUCUCUGAAGCCAAGGAUUAUUUACUGCUGCAGGACCGCAGAGGAGAGCUGUAUGGACCCAGAGCUCGCCCAAGACGAGCAACAGGUACAGCCGAGGUAAUCGUGACCGUUGGAGGAGAGGAUGAUAAGGUGGUGUUACGCAGUGUGGAGAGUUUCGAUCCCCUCACCAGCCAGUGGAAGAGUCUGGCCUGCCUGCCAUUCGCUGUCAGCAAACACGGCUUAGUCGUGUCUGGCUCGAUGCUGUAUCUGGCUGGAGGGGAGUUUCCAGACGGCUCGGCAAGCAGGGAGAUGUGGCGAUAUGACCCAUGUUUUGACUCCUGGUUAGAGAUGGCACCCAUGAAUGUAGCCAGAUCAGAACUGGGGUUGGUGAUGUUGGAUGGAUAUGUGUUUGCUGUGGGCGGUUGGGAGGGUCGGUCUCGCCUGGACACCGUUGAGUGUUAUAAUCCUAACACAAACACUUGGCAGUUUAUGGAAUCAGUCAAGAUGGCGGUCACUAGUCCAGCUGUGGUGGCUCUGGAUGGAUUGCUCUAUGUGACCGGGGGUGCUGUUUUAGAAGAUGGUGAUGGCACAGACUUAGCACAAGUAUACAACCCUAAAACGUGUGUGUGGACCGAGGUGGCGCCCAUGCAGAUUGCUCGCUCCGGAUCUGCGGCCUGUACACUGAAGGGCAAGCUUUAUGUCAUAGGUGGCUGGCAUGCUUCCACAGAGAACACCGAUAAGGUUGAGUGCUACGACCCAAAGACCAACAAGUGGACCAUGUGUGCUCCGAUGAAGGAGAGACGCUAUCGACCCGGUGUGGCUGUGGUGGAUGGAAAGAUUUAUGUUUUAGGAGGAGAGGAGGGAUGGGACAGGUAUCAUGACACUAUAGAGCGGUACUGUGAGGAAUCGGACAGCUGGGAGAUUGUCGGUGAGAUGCCCACCAGUCGUAGCUGGCUCAGCUGUGUCUCUCUUCGGCUCAGGAAAGACACUAGCGUGAGCAGUCGUCCAGACACUGCCUCCGAGACGGAGUUUCCUGUCGACUGAGAGCAUCAGAGCUCCAUCUGCAUCACUACUGGUUGGGACAGAAGGCCAGGGAGCGCGGCUUUCAGAGUGCCUGGCUCCAUGUCAUUUUCCGCAGGCUGUUUAAAGAUGGAAAAGGUCUGACCCAACUACAGGAGGGUCUUAAGACAAUACUUGUGCCAUAAGCUGUUUCUCCAUGGUGUGAGACUAGAUACAUCGAUGGAUAUCUGUGGUGACCGUAAUGGUGUGUUCACACCAUGUUGGACUCACCAUAAUUACAAGUUUUGGCUUGUAAAAAAUGCUCAACUCUGAAUUUUAUGAAAGCUCUAACUUGACUGGUGUGAUGUCAUAUAAAAAUAACCAAAAUGGCAGCAUCCUCGCCAGGGAUAAUUAGCCAAAAAUGACAGUUCUGUUUUUGUUUGAUGUGCCAUUUUAUUAUAGCCACAUUUACCCGGUGCGUUUUCUUUGUUCGUAAACAUUUGAAAGAACACAUAUAGGCAAAUAAUUAAAAUGAUUAAAUAUUGUACUGUCAUCAACCAAGCUGCUAAUGGAGCCAUUUUGGAAUGUUUGUAGGAUCCCCACGUUUUCAUCUAGUAAUUACAAUCAUUUUUACAUGGCUUGAACGCAGCAGAAGUGUGUGUAUGUGUCCACUGCCAUCCGUCUGAGAAACUCCACAGUAUCAGUGUAAUAAUGUGACAUUACAGUGGUGGACAGGGUUUCAUACGUUGACCACCUCAUGAUUGUAACUUAUAAAUGUGCUUAAUUGUUUUUUAACAAUGUGUUGUAGUGAAGAAUUUUUUACUUUUUGUAUAGUGAUUUUCUUUUUUGUAUUUAUUAGAUGUUCUUUGUUGUGUUGAGAGAUUCAUUAAAUAACUACUACAAAUACACAUUAAACACACUGACAUUC